GUAUUGACAUGACGUCAGACAACAGCUGAUACUGGGAGGAACUGGUUGGUGGCCGUCUGGUUGGUCUGGUUGGCGAGUUUCCGCAUUUGGCGACACAGUUGGCGGCCAGUUGGCGCUCACUGGCGAGGUGAUGGCUCACCGAGGAGGCGGCUACGCCCUUGACCCCAAGAAACCCGCCUUCUCCAUGCUGGACGACGAUGAUAUGACCUCAGAGUUCAUGAACAGCUCGAGUGCGACGUUCCUAGCAGCUGAUAGACUGCCGCCAGGUCCGGAGCAGCAAGCAGCACAGGAAGCAGAGAUGCGCCGGCAACAGCUUCUACAUCAGAUGAGGCAGGUUGAGAAGAGGACGUUAGACUCUGCCAAGAGAAGCAAGGGGCUCUUGUACGAGACCGAGAGAGUUGGCAUUGAAACUGCAGAGGAAUUGGUGAAGCAGCGGGAGCAGUUAAGUAACACAGAACAGCGUUUGGACACCAUCAAUGACAACUUGAAGGACACACAGAAAAAUAUUAAUGGAAUAAAGAGUGUUUUCAGCAGUUUGAAGACGUGGUGGACAACUCCCAAGCAGCCGGUGGGUAAGGACACAAAGGAGGACUCUGCAACAUCUCCUGUUGAGUCUGGUGCACCAAGUGUGACGAGUAACCCACACCUGGGACCUGCGUACGAGAGAAGCCAGACGUUGGUCAGUGCUCAAAUGGCCACUACUCAUCCAGGUCUGCGUCUCAAAGGCCUAGAGGAAGAUGACGAUGAAGAUCCAGACUUCAGCAACUUCCGGGAAAAUGCAAAGAAGGUCAAUGCUCAGCUUGAUUCCGAUUUAGACGAGAUGAGUAUGGGAUUGUCGCGCCUCAAGGGCUUGGCAGAGGGUCUUGGGGCGGAAAUUGUGGAUCAGAACAGCAUGCUUGAUCGCAUACAUGGGAAGGUUGAGAAGGCAGACACAACCAUUGGCUCCCAGAAUGUACAAAUCAAGAAGAUACUGAAACGAUGAGACCAAAUAACUGUAAUGUGCAUUAAAAUGUGUAUUUGAUGGAGUAAAACUGUAUUAGUUUUUUUUUUAUAACGCUGUACCAAAAUUGGAAUGCUUAUCGCAGAUCUUUGUGGACUGAAGUAGGAUACUUUGCCCAUUGCAAUUGAUGCAACAUUCCUCGAAGUUAUAAUACUCAAUAAGCAUUGUAUGAACUAUAUAUGCUAAUGUAAGCGCAUGUAGUUUAUACUUUGUUUAAAGCGUUAUAUGGGAAGACUAUUCAGCCAUUAUACUCUCAAACAGCUGUUUAUCCAGGCCAGUGUAUAGUUGGUAAUAGUGGCUUGUAGGAAUCUUGGUGCAUAUCUAGUCUGUCGGCCUAAUGAGUUUAAAAAGUCGUUUGGCAUGAUGGAAUAAAACACCGAUACCACAUUAAUCAGUGCCGAUCAAGUUGCUGUGUACGGUGAUGUCAUUCAUAAAUGAUUGGUAGUGAACGUCCAUAUGAUGUCGCAGGACCUGCUCAGGCAGUGUGAUGGGGCACAUUCUUGCUGCGUUCCUUUCCCCGCUUUGAGGCUUAAUGCCUGCUUUUUAUAAUUCUUACUUUAUCAUCACUGUAAAUAUUAAUUAGCUACUUUGGUGCGCAUAACACUAAUUGAAUCGUAAUCCUUCCAGUGCAUCCAAUUGCCUGUUUGGCCAGGUUCUGUUUGAGCAAGUUUACAGUGUAAUAGUCUACCAUGUGAACAUACACAGUAUACAUGCAUUGAUAAUGCAUCAUUGUCACAGCACCAUGUAGGUUGUACACUACGAUGAAUGGGCACUCAUCAGCGACUAAGGUCUCCAGUGCAGGCCUUGAUUAAAAGGUAGAUGGGCAUGAAAGUGCAAUUUUCCUUCACAAUUCAAGAAAUGCAUGAAUUUUUACAGUGAAUAAGUUGGUAAUCAUGAGUUCUGAUGAGUAAUGCAUGAAGGUUGUAUAUAGUAGAGCAUGGUACUGUGAUGUGCUUGUGAUAUUGGCUGUGAGACUGUUGCUUGUUGAGUGUCGGGAAGCCCUGCCCCCACCCCUCUUCCUGCACUUCAGGUAUCAAUUACACAUGUAUACUUCACUUGUGUGUGUACUCUCACACACACAGUUACCAUACAGUGUGUGUGUGUGUGGGGGGGGAGAUGGGUGCAUGUCCACAAAUGUUCAAGACCCCCAUUUGUACAUGCACAAUGUGCUUGCAUGCACAUACUCAGUGUACACAUGUUUAAAUCAAUUUACAUACAUGUACAUGUAAAAACAUGUUCAGAUGCCUAUGCUCAGGUAUGUGUGCGCCCAUGUACACAUGUCGAUGCUCAGGUGUGCACGCAUGUGUACAGAUGCCUAUGCUUGGGUGUGCACGCGUGUGUACAGAUGCCUAUGCUCGGGUGUGCACGCACGUGUACAGACACUUAUGCUCGGGUGUGCCCGCACGUGUACAGACGCCUAUGCUCGGGUGUGUACACACGUGUACAGACGCCUAUGCUCGGGUGUGCACGCACGUGUACAGACGCCUAUGCUCGGGUGUGCCCGCACGUGUACAGACGCCUAUGCUCGGGUGUGCACGCACGUGUACAGAUGCUCGGGUGUGUGCACAUGUACAACCUGUGCACCCACACCUUCUUUAGCAGAUACAUACUAAGUUCAUAUUUCCUAGUAUUGACUCAAAUCUGCAUCACUGUACCAAGAGUAUUGUUAAUUGUAACCUCCCGUUAUUAUUCAAGUCCUAGUAAGUCGUGAUUACAGGCAAGAGGAAAGUGUCUUCCUGUACCAGGAUUUAACCGUACAGUUAUCCAACCAUUUACAAGACUCGUACAGCUUUCUUAAUUAUAGGGGCUUUUUUUUUUAUUAAAUUGUUUACGAGCCUCGACACUUCACAACCCAAGGUUGUUGUGUAGUGCUUUGGAGCUGAUAAAGUAUUUAAUAAAUGUGAAGCAUGAGGAAAGAUGUACAGGUGUUGCAAAUGGUUGUGUGUAUUUGAGGAACCCGGGCCGUGCGGAUCCGGGUUAUUGAAACCUGGGCCGUGCAGGUCCCUGGUAUUCUCACAAUUUUUCAAUUUUAGUUCAGAACUGUGUUGUUGUACUUUUAAUAAAUGAUGCAGUGUUGCACGUGUACUUCUGGCUAAUGUGGAUUCUUUAUUUUUGGUUGAAGAAUUAGGUCUAUAUUUUAAUGAUUAUAGAAAGAAAUUAAUGGUAAUUGGAUAAGAAAUUAUAUAUUUGUAUGGGUUACCAUGUCUCUAUAAGAAUUGUGAAUAGUUUACCUUACAUUCUUAUCCCCCGGUGGAAGAUAUAUAAGAAUAAAAUGUUGAAUACG